AGCUCGGUCAAGUCUCGUCUCUCUCCCCUGUUCCUACUGGACUAGAUCAGCCGAUGGCGACGGCGCGGGCCGAGAGCGGGCCGGCGAGAUAGCGCACGCCUCCGCACUCUCCCCUCCCCUCGCCGCGGCCCAUGGACGCUCUCGCGCCCGCCCCCACCCGCCGCCGCCUCCUCGCCGGCGCGGCCGCCGCCACCGCCGGCUACGGCCUCUACCGCCUCUACCUCCACCACCGCCGCCGCAUCGCCGCGGCGCUCUCCCUCGCCGACGCGCUCUCGCAGGCCGGCUCCGACCUGGCCGACUUCCUCCGCUCCGACUCCGACCAGGUGCCCCGCAGCCUGCGCCAGCUCUCCAAGCUCGCCGCCUCCGACCACGUCUCCUCCGCCGCCUCCGCCCUCUCCGAGUCGCUCGCCUCGGGGGCCCUCCGCGCCUUCUCCUCCCACCGGGCCCCGGAUCCUUCCUCCCCGCCGCUGCACGACCGGAUCUUGGACCGCCUCCUUUCCCCCGCCGGCGCCGGGUUCGCCUCCGCCGUCCUCGGGAGCUUCGCCAGGAACCUCGUGCUCUCCUGCCGUGAUCCCGAGGCCCCGCCCCGCGCCCCCGGCCAGCCGGACUGGCUCGCCGCGCUGUGCAGCGACAGGGGCAAGGAGGCCGCCGCGGAGCUCGUCCGGGUGUUCGUCAGCACCGCCGUCGCCGCCUACCUCGACAGGACCGCCGCCGUGCGCACCUCCGACCAGGUGCUCGCCGGCGUCUCUAACCCCAAGCACGACGCCAAGCUCAAGGACCUGCUCGUGUCCGUCUGCAACGGCGCCGUCGAGACGUUCGUCAGGACCUCGCGGCAGGUCACAAAGGAGGCCUCCAUUUCUCGGGCUGAAGCAGCAGUGGCGGCGCGAGAGGUCUGCAAUUCAGGUCCUAGCUGUGUAAUGGAGAGAGUAUCGACCACGUUGGCCAUGCCAAGCAACCGGAGGUUUGUGCUGGAUGUUACUGGCAGGGUCACCGCCGAGAUGGUCCGGUCAUUCCUCGAGUUCUCGACUCAGCGCGUGUCCGCUGGUGCACGAAAGAGCAUUGUCAUUGCCCGGGAUGAAAUCACCGAAAGGGGUCUUGUCGCGGUCAAGUACCUGAGCGCCAAGUCCAUGGCCAUCUUCACCUUAUGCCUCACAAUGUGCAUGCACAUUUCGGUUGGAAUGAGGUUCCCGUUGCCGGCCUAGGCAUAGCCUGGUGUGGACUUCAAGGUGACAUUGUUCCAGUUAUCCUGAUUGUAGUUGGAAAGUAAAGUAUGUAGAUUGCAAAUUGAUCGUUUGCUACUGCUAGCCUUUUUUGUGCUGUUGACUAGCAUUUGGAAGCAGAAAUCUGUUGGAAUUGUAGUUGUUGGUUUGUUGUUUGUGAUAGUUUGAUAGGGAGUAUAUAGGCCACGAAUGGAUAAUUUUGCAACUUUAGUGUAAGGUUUCAUAUGUAUUAUGGUGUUGUAUCCUAGUGUCUUUGCCAUCUUUUCUGAAGGAAGUAGGUGUCAGUAUCUUAUUGAUGCUGACUAGUGAUGUUCUUCAGCACUCUGUGUGUGGAUAAGCUAUUUUGGGCAACAAUAGCAUGAAACUUGUCCACUUAUGUUUUUCAUUCUCUUUUUGCCUUGAUUUGGGGAAAAGCAAAUAUGAAUUGAUCAGAGAUUUGUGCCUGGA